AGGGGUCGGGCCGGACCGAGCGGAGCGCGGGGCGCGGAGCAGCCGCUGCCGCCUCCGGCAUGGCCCAGCCGCGCCGCCGCCCCCGACGUAUCAGCAGUCCUCUCCGGGCCGGGCCUGUGGCAGGUAGGCGGCAGCAGGCUGGCAGGCUGUGAGGAGUGGGUGGCACAUCUCCCUGGUCCUGUGCUUCUGACUCAGCAGAAGGUGUGGCUGGGCCGCGUGCUCCUGGCUCCUGACUUUGCUGUUUCUUCUGUUCCUGGUGGGCAAAUCGGAGGCUUGGUAUAAUGGGGAUGCCCUGAACUGUCACCCCAGGAGCUUCAGGCCUGGAUGUUGGUGCUGCUCCUCCCGGACGAUGUGGCUGAUACUCUGGAGAAGCCCUUUCUUGCCCCCUGUUCUCCAAGUGCCUGAGCUGGUGGCCAGCUGGGAUCUGCGUUUUGCCCUCUGGGUCCUGAGCUUCGCCUCGGCGGUUGUGCAGAUGGAGGCCCAGGUCUACUCACCAACCGUCAACACUCACUAUGGGAAGUUACGGGGAGUGCGUGUGCCACUGCCCAGUGAGAUCCUGGGGCCUGUGGACCAGUACCUAGGGGUGCCUUAUGCUGCCCCCCCCAUUGGGGAGAAGAGGUUCAUGCCCCCUGAGCCACCACCGUCCUGGUCAGGCAUUAGGAAUGCUACCCACUUCUCGCCAGUCUGCCCCCAGAACAUCCACAACGCUGUUCCUGAGAUCAUGCUGCCCAUCUGGUUUACCUCCAAUUUGGAUAUCGUGGCCACGUACAUCCAGGACCCCAAUGAGGAUUGUCUGUACCUCAACAUCUACAUCCCCACAGAGGAUGUAAAACGGAUUUCCAAGGAAUGCACCCGAAAGCCCAACAAGAAAAUAUGUAGGAAAGGAGGAGCCAGCGCUAAGAAACAGGGCGAGGACUUAGCGGAUAAUGACGGUGAUGAAGAUGAAGACAUCCGGGACAGCGGGGCCAAGCCAGUGAUGGUGUACAUCCACGGUGGCUCAUACAUGGAGGGCACAGGGAACAUGAUAGACGGCAGCGUCCUGGCCAGCUACGGCAACGUUAUUGUCAUCACUCUCAACUACCGCGUCGGAGUGCUCGGGUUCUUGAGCACAGGAGACCAGGCUGCCAAAGGCAAUUACGGGCUGCUGGACCAGAUCCAGGCCCUGCGCUGGGUCAGUGAGAACAUUGCCUUCUUUGGAGGAGAUCCCCUGCGCAUCACCGUCUUCGGCUCCGGCAUUGGUGCCUCCUGCGUCAGCCUGCUCACCCUCUCCCACCACUCUGAAGGUCUGUUCCAGAGGGCAAUCAUCCAAAGUGGUUCUGCCCUCUCCAGCUGGGCAGUGAACUACCAGCCUGUGAAGUACACCAGCAUGCUGGCCGACAAAGUGGGCUGCAAUGUGCUGGAUACAGUGGACAUGGUGGACUGCCUGCGGCAGAAGAGUGCCAAGGAGCUAGUGGAGCAGGACAUCCAGCCAGCUCGCUACCAUGUGGCCUUUGGGCCUGUCAUUGAUGGCGAUGUCAUCCCAGAUGACCCAGAAAUCCUGAUGGAGCAGGGCGAGUUCCUCAAUUAUGAUAUCAUGCUGGGGGUCAAUCAGGGUGAGGGGCUGAAGUUUGUGGAGGGCGUGGUGGACCCUGAGGAUGGCGUCUCGGGCAGUGACUUUGACUACUCGGUCUCCAACUUUGUAGACAACCUGUAUGGCUACCCUGAGGGCAAGGACACCUUGAGGGAGACCAUCAAGUUCAUGUACACUGACUGGGCUGACAGGGACAACCCCGAGACACGUCGCAAGACUCUGGUGGCUCUCUUCACUGACCACCAGUGGGUAGAGCCAUCGGUGGUGACAGCUGACCUGCAUGCCCGCUAUGGCUCGCCCACUUACUUCUACGCCUUCUACCACCACUGCCAGAGCCUGAUGAAGCCUGCAUGGUCCGAUGCAGCCCAUGGGGACGAGGUGCCUUAUGUGUUUGGGAUCCCCAUGAUUGGCCCCACAGACCUCUUUCCCUGCAAUUUCUCCAAGAACGAUGUCAUGCUCAGUGCUGUGGUGAUGACCUACUGGACCAACUUUGCCAAGACAGGGGACCCCAACAAGCCUGUACCCCAGGACACAAAGUUCAUUCACACAAAGGCCAACCGGUUUGAGGAGGUGGCCUGGUCCAAGUACAACCCCCGUGACCAGCUGUACCUGCACAUUGGACUGAAGCCACGGGUACGUGACCACUACCGGGCCACCAAGGUGGCUUUCUGGAAGCACCUGGUUCCCCACCUGUACAACCUCCACGACAUGUUCCACUACACCUCCACCACCACCAAAGUGCCGCCACCCGACACCACGCAGAACUCCCACAUUACCCGACGGCCAAACAGCAAGCUCUGGACCACCAAGCGCCCUGCCAUCUCACCUGCCUAUAACAGCGACAACGGGAAGGAGAAGUGGAGCCCGGAGCAGGAGGCAGGCACCCUGCUGGAGAGCCCCCGCGACUAUUCCACUGAGCUGAGUGUCACCAUUGCCGUGGGUGCUUCCCUCCUCUUCCUCAAUGUGCUGGCCUUCGCUGCCCUCUACUAUCGCAAGGACAAGCGCCGGCAGGACACACACCAGCAGCCCAGCCCCCAGCACGGUGCCACCAACGACAUUGCCCACACACCCGAUGAGGAGAUGCCCUCCUUGCAGGUGAGCCAGGGGCACCAUGAGUGCGAGGCUGUGCCGCCCCACGAUGCCCUUCGCCUGGCCUCUCUGCCUGACUACACUCUCACCUUGCGCCGCUCCCCGGAUGACAUCCCACUCAUGACCCCCAAUACCAUCACCAUGAUACCCAACUCGCUGGUGGGGCUGCAGACCCUGCACCCUUACAACACCUUCACUGCGGGCUUCAACAGCACAGGGCUCCCACACUCACACUCCACCACCAGGGUAUAGCCGCCCACUGUUGGCGCACACGCAUGCACGCGCACACACACGCAUGCAGCAGACACUGGCAGAGGGACCGGCGGGGCCGACGGACCACCCAGACAAAGGGGCAGCACCCACGGACGGUGUAGCACCAAGCCUCAGGACCUGCGGGGGCCUGGUGCAGCCAGCUGCUCUGCUCUCUCCCCGGCGAUUUUUCUGCCAUUCCUAUCUAACUUUUGAGAAGUGCUUUGACUCUUUUGGCUCCUGGGGCACCAGUGGGAUGCAGGCGAACACCACGUAUCCCCUGAGCCAGCGCAUCAGCACAGAUGGGCAAGAAGAAACUCCCUGGCAGCAGCCACAGGGCUCCCCAGACUGCGGCUGUGCUUCCCUACCAGAUGAUCGCAUCCCCCGCGCUCCACCCACUGAGCACUCCAGGACUAAUGAGGAGGAGGGCCGGGCAUCCCUCCCACCUGGUGCCUGGGCAUCCCUAGGUGGAGGGCAUUAUGAGUACCCUGGAAAAGGCUCCCUCACUGUGUUGAGACGUGGCCCUGGGCCAUGGCGCUAUAGGCAGAGGGAGCAGGCAGGAUCUGGGAACUGUGUCUCGUGCUGGGUGUGGGUGCUGGGGCCAGUGCCACGGCUCAGGGACCCCUGGAGCAGGGCCCUGGACUGGAAACUUGGCACCUCUGUCCCUCUUUGCGCUGCAGAGAAUCUCUUUUGUGUCAGUCGUUUCUCUUUGCAGAGACGUUUUUUAAGCAGAUCUUUAGUUCUUUACACACUAACAAGAGUCGCCGCGUUUUGUCCUUUGUAAAAAUUUUAAAACCAAGUGUUCUUGAUAUAAAAUAAAAAGCCAGUUAGAAGCCAGCGUGUGCGCACGGUGCCAGCCCCCUGCGGCGCCCGUCUGCCGCAGAUGGGCACCAGGCAGGACACUGCCUCCUGCACUGUGGGGCCACAAUCUUUUGUAUUUUUUUAUAUUCUCCCUCCUCUGUUGCCCAUGCCAAACAGCCUACCCAAUGGCCCACCUGUUAGCACUCCCAGCCUCAGUCCACCUCACUGACACCGCCCUGCAUGGGCAUCACCAACUGUGAGCACUUUCUGUCCAUCCCCAUCAACACAGGGCAGCCCCCUGGCACCAUGUCCCAGUGCUCUGCACACUGCCCUGCUCCCUGGGGAGUAUACAUAUCCCUUCUCCAACUGCCCCACAGUAAAGCUGUGCCCUCCCUGCCCAUGCUGCUGUCUGAAAGCAGAUCCAGCAGUUUGCAGCCUGUGGCAAGGGUGGGCAACACCAGGGGGCUGGCAGGAGCAGGGUUAGCUCUGCCUUCCACCUUGCUCUCACUGUGGCCUUUCCCCUUAUGUGGGGUGACCCCAGAUCCAGCACCUAGGAUCUUUGGUUGGCAUAGAUGCCUAGGCAGAGGCUGCUGGAGUGGAGCUGCUGAGAACAUGCAGCAUGCAUGGGGCUGGAAGCACCCACACCAGAGCUGGGGUACCUGCUGGGCCAGCAGUGGCUGCAGAACUGCAUGCAGCUGCGGGCAGCAGACUCAAGGCGGGGGGCUUUCGUGCAGCCUCCCAUGCAGAAGGAGCUGCCCAGGAACCCACACAGAGCAUCCCAGUCUCAGCCCCGCCAUGGUGGGCACUGGCAUUCGGCCCUGGGGAUGCCCUGGGGAUGCAGGAGGAAGGGAUGAGUGCUUUCAGGAACACCACACCUCGUCCCUGUGCAAGGCGGUCUGGCUGGCAGAUGCUGCCUGCACUGGCGGCCAUGACGCACCGGUGCCGAGCGCAAUCCCAGCCCCGUGCCCUGCCCCAGUGCCCAGCCCAGGCAGUGCUGAGUGAGGAUGCUCGUUGGAGAAUGUAUUUAUACCCUGUCACCCGCGCAGAGUAACCAGUUCUAAAUAAAACAGAAGUGAUAUUUUUAA